AUGACGACUUUCGUUGAAAACAGAGUAGUUACCUACUUGUCGAUAAAGGAUCUUCUAGCUCCAAAAAGAAAUGCAAAUAAAAUCGGUAGACCUCAAAACGAAUUUAUUCUAUAUCGAAAAGAGAUCCUCGCGGAACUCAAAAAUAACAACGAAAAACAUACCCUCCGAGAAGUUUCCCAAAUCGCAUCAUGGAGAUGGAAAUCUGAAUCUACUGAGCGGAGAAAUUUUUUCAUUAUCUUGUCGAAAGUUGGUUUUUUGGUAUAUAGAGAUUUGUACGAGCAUUAUUGUAAAAAUGAUAAUGCUAAUGCUAACAAUAGCACCGACAAUGAAAAUCAAACAACAACUUACGACAGCGUCAACGAUAUAAAUUGUAUUAAUUUUAAUUGUGAUGGUGAAACUGAUUCAUCAACCGAACAACCUAAAUAUUCAGUAUUCACCCCCAACUUUGAAGUCUUGGUCGAAAGAGAGACUUCCUUAUUGGGGUUUUCAAUUCCGGCCGCAACGGAAGCAGAAGCAGCAUUAUCGGCUCAAUACCACCAACAAAACUUUUGUCAAUCAUUAAUCGACAUUGACAAUAAUGUUGGUGACGUCGACCCUGACUUAGAAUUGGCAACUAUUUUACGUCAAUUAAGAGUUGACAACGCAAUCGCAAUAAACGACUCUAAUGUGCUUGAUCAACCAAGCAUCAAUAAUUUCGUCACUCCCAAUCCGAUUUCUAUUGACUCCACAAUUAUGGAUACAACAACCACCGACAAUUACCAUUACCUCAACCCACAACACCCAUAUUAUCCAUAUUAUCCCCAACACGACCAAUUUUCCGCAAAUUCCACAACAUUUAAUAUCGAAAAUGUUAAUUUUGAUUUCGACGAGAUGCCAAAGUUUGAUGAAGAAAAAGGAUAUUGUUUUUUAUCACAAUGA